UGCUCAUGCCUCCAACCCUGCAAAGCCGUAUCCUCGGAACUUUCCGUGUCCACUUACCAGCGGGGUUGACGCACAACAGUGUUUGUCAAUGUAUGUUCGCAUUUCGCCGCGCAUUUGCGUAUAGAAAUCCUAUUCCGGGAUGAUGUGAAGCAGGCCCUAGUUCCUGACCUUGCCGAUGAAAAAAUCGGGGGUAUUUAAGGCGUGUCCGCCUCCAGUGAUUUGAUCAAAAUGCUCCCAACGAAAGAUUUAUCAGAGACAUAAGCUGUUUUCAAGUUUCAACACCUUCGCAAUAAGAUUCAUUAUGGAAAAAACCGUUCUGAUCACAGGAGCGAGCGGCUUUGUCGGGUUUCAGACUCUUUUGCUAGCCCUGGAAGAAGGGUACACCGUGAAGGUUGUCAUACGCAAACCAGACCAAAUCCAGCAGUUCAAAAUCCACCCCAAGAUCUGCCAGUUUGAGUCGAAAGUUGACUACGUAGUUGUUCCCGAUUUAGCCAAGAAGGGGGCAUUCGACAGCGUCCUCCAUGACAUCGGGACUAUUUUGCACAUUGCAAGCCCACUGAUGGUUCAGACCGAAGAUUAUGACAACUACAUUUUCAAUCCUGCAGUGGAUAUGACUUCAUCUAUUCUCUUCUCUGCCCUCAAUGCCCCAACAGUGAAGAGGGUUGUCAUCACGUCCUCCAUGGUCACUCUUGUCUCCUUCCACUGGUUAUCCAAUCCGGACUCAACGAAGUUAUACACUGCGAACGACAUGAACCCUGCGCCAACCCGCUCAGUAUCGAAUCCCAUGGAAGCCUACUGGAACUCAAAAGCGUUCGCACGCCAAGCGGUGCAUGAAUUUUUGUCCGAUCAUAAACCCAAUUUCGAUAUUGUUCAGUUACUCCCCGGUGCAGUGAUGGGCGUGGAUGAUCGCGCACAGACGGCGGAAGAUCUUUUCAACAAGACACCUGAAUGGGCAUACAGAAUGUCACCAGUUCUUGGAACAAAACAGCCAGAGCCUCUGGUUAGUGUUCCAGUGGAUGUUGAGGAUGUCGCGAAAGCGCAUGUGGAUGCUAUCAAGCCCUCGGUUCCCGGAAAUCGCGACUAUAUUCUGUGUGCGGAGGGGCCGGAAGGUGUAGAAUGGGAUAGUAUGAUUGAUGUUGUCAAGAAGCAUUUCCCGGGAGAAAUUGGAAGAAAAGAGCUACCGCUGAACGGAACGCUACCUACGAUCAAAUGGCGAGUGGAUGCAAGCGACACCGAGAAACAUUUUGGGUGGAAGUUCAAGAGCUUUGAAGAUUCAUUCAAAGAUGUAGUUGCACAGUACUUAAGAUUGUUGAGCUUGGAAAGGGACCGAUAG